CCUCCCUCCCCGCAUUUCAAAAACUAAUCCCCUCUCCCCCCUCUCGUGACCUAUCUCCCUGCUCCGAGUCUGACCUACCCUACCCUGCCCCCGCGACGACGAUCCGCCAUUCCCACCCAAUGCGGCCACCGCGAGCCUCCUCCCCCUCCCCCUCCUCCGCUCUGCCCUAGAGCGGCCGCCGCACCCCCUCCUCCCCGGCCCGCGCCUCCGCCGCCGCCGCGGUUCCCGCCCCGCCUCGGCCCGUCCCUGCCGUCUCCGCCGCGUCCGCGACCGCCGACAUUGGCUCUCAGGUUUACUCAAGAGUCAAGAUAGUAAGGCUAAUAUGUCAGAAGAAGAAAGAAGUGAGGCCUCCCGGCACAUUUUACGUGUUAUUGACUCGUUGAAGAAGAAAGUUACAGCAGAUCGUUUUACUUACAUUAAGAAUAGGAUAGAGGAUAACAAGAUAAAGCUCAGCCCCGUUACACAAAGCACUGGCAAUUCUUCAAAAAUCUGGCAAAGAAAUACAUCAAAUAGCACUGACUCGAAUCUGCUGACAAGUAGGCAAGAUGAUGUACUCUCUUCUGGGCCUCGUAUUGUAGUAUCCCCUGCUGACGAAGAUGGUGUCAGUUCUGACGAAGAAAGCUCCUAUGCCGCGUCAACUGUUAUGUUGGGUGGAAAUCUAGCUGCAAAGAAUGUCACUAGGCCAAUUAAACUACCAGAAGCACCAAAAAUUCCGCCUUAUACAACAUGGACAUUUUUGGACAGGAACCAGAGGAUGACAGAAGACCAAUCUGUACUUGGUCGACGAAGGAUUUACUAUGAUGCAAAUUGUGGUGAAGCUUUAAUUUGCAGUGAUAGUGAGGAUGAAGCUGUUGAGGAUGAAGAGGAGAAAAAGGAGUUCAAAGUUUCUGAAGACUGUCUUAUUCGGAUGACAAUUCAAGAAUGUGGCAUGUCUGAUGCAGUGCUGGAAACCCUAGCUCGUUUUUUUGAUAGGGCAGCUGGUGAUAUAAAGGCCAGAUAUGAGAUCCUAAAUGGGGAGAAAACUGAGGGUUCUCUUAAAAAGGUUUCUGAACUUAAUGCCAAAGUGGAAGAUCUCUACCGUGAUAAAGAUUUGGAUGCAGCAUUGGAUUCCUUUGACAAUCUCUUCUGUCGCCGAUGUCUAGUUUUUGAUUGCAAACUACAUGGGUGUUCUCAAGAUUUAGUAUUUCCUACAGAAAAGCAACCACCUUGGAACAGCAUGGAUGAUGGUGUACCAUGUGGUAUUCAUUGUUAUAAACUGGCUCCUAAACCAGAGGCUACUACCACAGUUGAUUCUGACAUGCUUGACAUAGAGGAGCCAACUCACUCAUCCGAUAAUACAAGGAACCAGUUAAGCUCAAAUAAGAAAAAACAGGGUUCUAGUGGUAAGAAAGCGAAAUCCCAACAAAGUGAAGGCUCUUCAACCCAAAGGGUUGCCUCAGAAAGCAGUGACUCAGAAGGACAUCCAAUGAGCACUAAAUCUCCACAACAAUCAUCUUGUCAAUCAAAAGUCAAAAUUAGCCCGAAAGGUGGAAUCAGGAAAAGUACUAAUAGAAGAAUCGCCGAGCGGAUUCUUAUGAGUGUGAAGAAAGGACAAAGAGAAGUGGCACCAUCAGAUUCUAAUUCUGGUGGAUGCCUCUGGCCAAGGGACAUGAAGCUUAGAUCUGAUACACGAAAUGGACACAAGGAUUCAGUUGCAUCCCCACAACAGAAUUCUCCAAGCACAAGAAGUUCUCGGAAGAAGGAUGCGCCUCAAAUGGAGAAUAGUUUAGCUUCAGGGGAAGAUCGUAAUGAUUCAACAGUGGAAACCAAGAACGAACAUUCAGCAACAGAUGGCCAUGAUAGUUCGAUGAUAGAAGAUGUUGAGGAGAAUAUAUGCAGGCAAGAAAAUAAUUGUAGAUCCUGGAAGGUGAUUGAACAAGGGCUUCUGGUGAAAGGUUUGGAGAUUUUUGGAAGGAACAGUUGUUUAAUUGCUCGGAACCUUCUCUGUGGAAUGAAAACAUGCAGCGAUGUUUUUCAUUAUAUGAGUUAUAUUGAAAACAGCAGCGCAUCUGGAACUCUUAGCAGGGGUGAUUCCCUCGUCAAAGGAUAUAUAAAGGGACAUGAGUUGCGCGUGAGAUCACGAUUUAUUAGAAGGCGAGGUAGAGUUCGUCGUUUGAAGUACACCUGGAAAUCUGCAGGUUACCAUUUUAUAAGGAAAAGGAUUACAGAAAGGAAAGAUCAGCCUUGUCGGCAAUAUAAUCCAUGUGGUUGUCAAUCAUCAUGUGGGAAACAGUGUCCAUGUCUCGUAAAUGGGACAUGCUGUGAGAAAUACUGUGGGUGUCCGAAAAUGUGCAAGAACCGUUUUCGAGGUUGUCAUUGUGCUAAGAGCCAGUGUCGCAGUCGCCAGUGUCCAUGCUUUGCUGCUGACAGGGAAUGUGAUCCUGACGUGUGCAGAAACUGCUGGGUCGGGUGUGGUGAUGGUUCACUGGGAGUUCCUAACCAAAGAGGCGAUAAUUAUGAAUGCCGGAACAUGAAGCUACUUCUUAAACAACAACAAAGGGUCUUGCUUGGGAGAUCUGAUGUUUCUGGCUGGGGAGCAUUUCUCAAGAAUACUGUUAGCAAGCAUGAGUAUCUUGGCGAGUACACUGGGGAGCUUAUCUCUCACAAGGAAGCAGACAAGCGUGGGAAGAUAUAUGACCGUGAGAAUUCGUCGUUCCUGUUCAACCUGAAUAAUGAGUUUGUUCUGGAUGCCUUCAGAAUGGGCGACAAGCUGAAGUUUGCCAACCACUCCCCUGACCCGAAUUGCUAUGCCAAGGUCAUCAUGGUAGCAGGCGAUCACAGGGUAGGCAUAUUUGCCAAAGAGCGGAUCGGUUCAGGCGAGGAGAUCUUCUAUGAUUACCGCUACGAGCCUGACCGAGCCCCCGUGUGGGCUCGAAAGCCCGACGCUCCUGGAGCGAAAGACCCCGGGCAGCCUUCCAGCGGGCGGGCCAAGAAGCUCGCCCACUGAAGAGACAUCCAUCAUUGGUUGAUUCUUUUGUUCAGGGCCAGAAUUGGGUAGUUGUUAGCAUGCUGUUGUACCUUAACCUGACAUUCAUUCCUUGGCCCACUGUUGUUGUAGUGUCAGAAGUUGAGAACCCCAUUUGUGUCGGAACCUGUGGAUGGAACGUGAACGGUUUUUUAACCGCUAUAUGGUUGCUCCAUGCCCAAUGCAGCUGGGCUGCCUUUGGUGGUGUGUUUGCCCUCUCAAAA